AUGAAUAAUUGUGUGCAAUUCAAGGAUAUCAUUCAAGACCUAAUAGUUGAGGGCAAGAUCCUCUUGGAUAAGCCCGCUACUAUGAGGAUCGACAACGAGCCUAUUCCUGCACAUAUGAUUGGGGUCAACUGGCCCGAAAGGCAAAACAAAAGGAAGAUCACUGUAGACAUUAGAGAAGAAGGCACCAAAAAGUGUGAAUUAGAAAUACCAGCAGAUGAUGUGAAGAUAGAUGAGCAAUUGGUCAUACAGGAAGCAAACAAGAUUCAGAGCUUGGACAAACUAGCACCUGAAUCAUAUGGACAUUUUAGCCCGAACGAGGAUCGGAAAAAUUCAUAUGGCAUUUUUGAUAAACUAGACAAUAUCAUAAAUACUGGAAUUCAGAUUUUCUCUAAGAGUUUUUUUGAAUAUGUGAGGUUAGAAGACAGAGAAAAAUGGCAGACGAGGUUGACUCAGCCCGAAUGCAUGGCUUCAUCUUCACAAACAAGGAAUUUUCCUGACAUGAGACUUGCUACUAUGCAUGGGAAUGAGAAGAAAGACAAUCGGGUUCGAGCAUAUCCCACUCUGGCCAAUAUGGGACCAGCAAACAAAGUAAAACUAGCAAUGAUCCAGAAUGGCAAAUGGUAA